AUGCCGGGGGUUAGAACAAAAACCUUGAAAAAUACGCAUGAUUGUAACGAAGCAUUUGACAAUGGAAGGGUUGAUCAUCUUACAAUAGCGUAUUAUUUCAAGUCUAAAUUGCAAAAUGACGCAAAGUACAGGAUCAAGGAUAUGAGGGAUGAUUUAAAAGAAAGAUUUGAUGUCAAUGUUAGUCAUGGUAAGUGCAAGCGAGCUAAGCGAUUGAUUUUGGAAAAACUUGAAAGAAGCUUUACAGAUGAUUAUAAUAGACUUGAGGCUUAUGCAAAUGAGCUAAGGUCUAGUAAUCCAGGAAGUGAUGUGAUUAUAAAUAUAUCGAAGGAUGCACUUGCCAAUGGAAAACGAAGAUUCUUGACGAUGUUCAUUUGCUUUCACGCACUUAAAAUGGGUUUUAAGGAUGGGUUAAGACCCUUUAUUGGCUUAGAUGGAACCUUUUUAAAAGGGAAAGCCAAGGGCCAAUUGUUAACUGUUGUUGGUCAAGAUUGCCAGUCCCAUAGUUACCUUAUUGCUUGGGCAGUUGUUGACAAAGAGACAAAAAGAACAUGGAACUGGUUUUUAGGCCAUCUUAAAAGGUCAUUAGAUCUUAAGGAGGUGGGUGAAGGAAUAACCUUCAUUUCAGACAUGCAGAAGGGAUUACUUCAAGCAGUAAAAGAUGUGUUUCCUGAAUCACAUCACAGAUUUUGUGCAAAACAUGUUGAAGCAAACUGGUGCAAAACAUGGAGGUCAGAGGAACUGCAUAAGGUAUUUUGGUGGUGUUCAUGGACCACAUAUGAGGAAGAUUUCAAAGACAAACUCAAUAUGAUUGGUUCUUUAGAUAAAGCAGCAGCUGAAGAUUUACUGAAAUAUCCUCCCAAUGCGUGGUGUAGAGCCUAUUUUGACACCGUGUGCAAGAACUAUGAAGUGGUGAACAAUUUCACAGAAUCGGUGAAUAAAUGGAUUCUAGAAGCUAGAGGCAAACCAAUCAUCAAAAUGCUUGAAGAAAUAAGAACUAAAGUCAUGAACCAAUUGAGAAAAAAGGAGGAUGAAGUGAGAUUUUGGGCUACUGAGUUUAGCCCAAAGAGUAUGCAAUUGUUCAAUGAGUACAUGAAAAUUGCUCAAAAAUGUAAGGUUAAUUUCAAUGGUGAUUAUGGAUAUGAGAUCACAGAAGGUUGUGAUAGGCAUACUGUAAAUAUGAUUUUGAAGAGAUGCACAUGUAGACAAUGGGAUCUAAAUGGAAUUCCAUGCCCACAUGCAAUUUCUGCAAUGUUGUACAACAAGCUGGACCCUUUGAGUGAAAUGAGUUGGUGGUAUAGCAAAGAGGCAUUCCUGCUUACCUAUAGGCACAAAUUGCAACCUGUUAGAAGUGAAAAAUUUUGGAAGGUGAAUCCACAUCAAGCAAUGGAACCACCUGAUCUAGUGAAGAUGGUCGGCAGACCCAAAACUAAACGGGUCAGAAAAAAAGACGAGGCAAUUAAGAGGCAAGGCGAGUGGGCAAGUUCAAGAAAGGGAAGAGUUAUGACAUGUAACAAUUGCGGAGAGCCAAACCACAACAGUAAAGGAUGUAAAAAGGUAAAAUAUCUUCAAUGCUAA